AUGGCAGCCAAAAAGGCCAAGACUUUGGGGCUCCACUCUUGGUCCGCCGACGCCCGCACCUCCGCCUGGCUCUGCGACGGCCUCCACCACCUCAAGUCCGUCCACGAGUCGCUCGACGACCUCCUCCACCUCCCGCAGACGCGCGACUCCCUCCGCGGCGCCGGCUGCUCCGAAUCCAAUCACCUCAUCGAGAAGCUUCUCGAAGACUUCCUUCGCUUCGUCGACGUCCACAGAACCUUCCAGACGCUCCUCCUCUGCCUCAAGGAGGAGCACUCCGCCGUCCGGAGGAAGGACGACGCCGGAGUCGCGGCGCGAUCGAAGAAUCUCGGCAAAAUCGCAAAGGAGAUCGGGAAGCUCUCCUCCGAUUUCGCAUCCGUCGGGAAAUCAGCGGAUCCGCCGCGGAAGGUGUAUGACGAAGAGGUGGAGAUACGGGACGUGAUCGACGGUGUGGUGGAGGGGACGGUGGGGGUUUCUAAUGCGCUUUUCGGCGGGAUCUCGAUCUCGGUGGCAUUUCGGAAGGUCUCGCCGUUGAAACCAUUGGAAGGAGCUUCAGUUUCAGAUCCGUAA